AUGGCAAAAGAAUUUGCAGCCUUAGAAGCAAAUAGAACUUGGAAGCUUGUUCCUUUACCUGCAAGUAAGCGUGCUAUAGGAUGUAAAUGGGUUUAUAAAACCAAGUUCAAUCAAGAUGGGAUAAUUGGACGAUAUAAAGCACGGUUGGUAGCACUAGGCUUCACUCAAAAACAGAAUGAAGCCUAUUAUGAAACAUUCUCUCCGGUUGUCAAGUUUACUACUAUCAGAUGCAUUGUAGAACUUGCUGUCAAACAACAUUGGCCUAUUCAUCAGUUAGACAUUAACAAUGCAUUCUUACAUGGGGAUUUACAUGAAGAAGUUUAUAUGAAAAGGCCCAAAG